CCCCCCGCGGGGACUGCGCUGGAGACAAAGCCCGCGCGGGAGCCGCGUCCGCAGCGUCGGUGAACCUCAAAGUAAGACUGGGAAUCAGCUUCUCGUUUGACAACCAGUAGCUGCCACACCAGCCUCAUCACUUGCUCCAGUCGUGUCACAGCCACCUCUCAGCAGGGGCAGCAGAAUGAAAGAAGGCAUGUCCAAUAACAGCACCACUAGCAUCUCCCAAGCCAGGAAAGCAGUGGAACAGCUGAAGAUGGAAGCCUGUAUGGACAGGGUAAAGGUCUCCCAGGCAGCAGCGGAUUUGCUUGCGUACUGUGAAGCCCACAUACAGGAAGACCCCCUCAUCAUCCCUGUACCUGUGUCAGAAAAUCCCUUCCGAGAGAAGAAGUUCUUUUGUAACAUCCUCUAACUUCGUCUGUGAGGAAAUGUCUCUGUAUCAGUCCAUGAAUCUCCCUCAUCAAAAUUGUGCAUGCUCUGAGCCCCCAUAAAGCCUAGCCCACACUCCCAUACCAGGGCAGUUCCUUAGCCUGACCUGGGUUUUCACUUUGGUUUUGGGUUUUGUUUUUUCACAUUGCAUUAUGAUUCAUUUUUAUUUGCUUUAAUGAUUGGCAAAAAAUAGGUAUUUUUCAUAGCCAAGUAACUCAUUACCAAAUAAAAAGAAAUAUAGACUAUUUAGUAUAUUACAGUGGAUACUUUAUAGGAAAGAAAGCUGUGAUCAAUGUUCCCCCACUCGCAAUAAUUCCAUAUUAAACUAGACCAAUUUGAGCAUCAGAAAGAUGCAUAUGUGGGAAAAGUUUCUACUUACCUCCCUGGAGAAAGCAGCCCUGGAAAUGCUCUGACCUGGUUUUCCAUCGCCCUGUUUGAAAGGAAGGAGCCCCGGUGGCCGCGGGUUACAGGUUGGGCUCCUACCCACAAAGCCAGCAGCUUGAAUCCUCCAGGCACGCUGUAGAAGAAAGAUGACACUUUCCACGCCUUUAAAGAUUUACCAUCCUGGA